GGGGGGCGAACCAUCAGGACAAUUAGCAGAUGUCUGUGCUCGUUCGACCUUCGCUGACCCCGACUUUUGUCUCUGGAGCCGACAUGAUGGUCACUUCUUCACCAACUGAGAUCAUCCUACCGCUGACACCAGGAGGAUGCGUGGCUCAGUGAGUCUUCCUGGAGCUCCACAGAUGGAUCAUUUCGGGGAACACAGGACCCCGAGUUUCAGACCUGCUGCUGUGGUUUAUCCAGGGACAUGAAAAGCUGGGAGAAGGUCCGAGCGCUCCGACGCGACAGAUGUGUUUGAGGAGGAGAACUCGGCCAACAAAGAGUUUACAGUGACCCUGCAGGGGGGGACCCACUCCUAUCAUGCUUUGUGCUCGACACACUUUGUCUUUGUUCGGCAACGACUUUACUGCCGGCGGAUGAGCGCGACAAACUUCACCCUGACGACAGUGAGCUCAGCAGGAGCGACGGAAAGACAAAGACUGGAGGGAGUUUCAUGAAGGAGACACUAGUGGCAUUCAGAGGAGGAGCAGAUGAGCAGAUGUUGCCAGGGAACCUUCACUUCUGUCAUGCGGCACUGAGGAACAUACAGCGUCCACAGACGAACCUUCGUGUGUGUGAACCAAUUCUUGACAAAACACUGUCCUUGUGAGGACCAUAUGACUUUGUGGGGAUUUGUUUGGUUUAAGCUUCAAUUUGAGGAUGAAGACUUGAAAAUAUCUGGGUCACUGUAACUGGGUUUCAGAGUCCUGGUUAAGGUGUUUUGGGUGGUUAGGUUUAGGGGGAGAGGCUGGGGAAAACCAACAUUUUUUCCAUCACAAUAUGAAAAUAAAUACCUGAUGAAUAAAACAUCCAAGCAUAAAUGGCAAACUAAUGAGAUAAAACUCUUGAAAAGCAACCUUAAAACAAAAAGCAUCUGACGGUCUGAGACAAGAACUGAACCUGAUGAUGAAGACACAACAGUCAGCUGCGUCUCCCUCUGGUGGCCAUACCGAGCAACAACAACAAAUCUCAGCACCUGUCAUGACGUCAGAAUGAGGUCAUAGCAGGUCAGUGGGCCAUGUGACUCCCAAGCUCGAUAUACUCGAUCGGCAACUCCGAGCAGGAAGCUGUGACGCCGCCCUGCUGGAGAGGUGUGGCCCAAGCCAAAAAUAGAGGGCAGGUGAGUGACGGAAGGCGCCAGCCAGGACUCGGGAGGACGCAGACCCAGGAUGGAGAUCGAGAGCAUGGUGGCCAACAGCGCACUGGUCCGCGCACGUGAAGGAGGGGGCGUCAAGGGGCGCAGCGACAAGUGGAAGGACAUGCUUCGCUUCCCUCAUAUCAGCCAGUGCAUGGACGUGGCCGUCAGCCUGGAGCGUGAGUACUGGAGUCUCUGUGUGAAGCAACCCAUCGGGAAGCAACUGUUCCAGCUCUUCUGCCGGAGCCAACCGUCACUGCAGAACUACGUCUCCCUUCAGGACGCUCUGGACGCGUUUGAGGCCAAGUCCGAUAAUGAACGAGCCGCGUUCGGGAUCGGCAUCGUCCAUCGCUUCUUCAGGACUCAGUCCAACCAGUGUGUUCCUGUCAUGGUGCCCCAUGAGCUGCACUGCCUCCAGAGUCUGGAGCAGGAUCCGUGUGCGGACGUCUUCCUGCACUGUCGCAGAGACCUGCACCAGCAGCUGAGCGGCGAGCCCUUCCUGCAGUACCAGGAGAGCAUGUUUUUUGACCGCUUCCUGCAGUGGAAGAUGCUGGAGAGGCAGCCCGUCACCAAGCAGAGCUUCAGGCAGUACCGCCUGCUGGGAAAAGGAGGUUUCGGAGAGGUGUGGGCCUGCCAGGUCCGGGCCACCGGGAUGAUGUACGCCUGCAAGAAGCUGGAGAAGACUCAUGUGAAGAAGCGGAAAGGCGAGACCAUGGCACUGAAUGAAAAGGAGCUCCUGGAGAGUCUGGACAGUCGCUUUGUGGUGAGCCUGGCGUACGCUUACGAGACCAAGCACGACCUCUGCAUGGUUCUGACCAUGAUGUCGGGCGGCGACUUGAGGUUCCACAUAUACAGCAUCGGCACACCGGGCCUGGACAAGGACCGUGUCCGGUUCUACGCUGCAGAAGUGUGUUGCGGAUUGAUGCACCUGCACCACAAGUCCAUUGUCUACAGAGACCUGAAGCCAGAGAACAUUCUCCUGGACGACAAAGGUCACAUACGCAUCUCAGACUUGGGCCUGGCGGUGCGGCUCCAGGACGGCUGCCUGGUGCACGGACGUGGGGGAACGCUCGGGUACAUGGCUCCAGAGGUCAUAGGUCACAAACAAUACGGCACAAGCGCAGAUUGGUGGGGACUGGGGUGCCUCAUCUACGAGAUGACGGCAGGGCAGCCCGUCCUCAGGUCCAGGGGAGAACACCCUGUACCUGCAGAGAUGGAGCGCAGGAUCCAGGUGGAGCAGGUGGACUACGGGAAGCAGUUCAGCCUAGACGUGCGGGACCUCUGCAGCCGGCUGCUGAACAAAGACCCUCACAGGAGACUGGGCUGUGGCAGCGCUGGUGGCACCGCGGUCCAGUCGCACCGCUUCUUCAAGAAGAUCAACUUCCGGAUGCUGGAGGCUGGACUGGUGGAGCCGCCGUUCACGCCCGAUCCGAAACAGGUGUACUGCAAUGAUGUGCAAGACAUUGAGGAAUUCUCGUCUGUGAAGGGGAUCACGCUGGACCAGACUGACUUCAACUUCUACGCUCAGUUCAACACCGGUAGCGUUCCCAUCACCUGGCAGAAUGAGCUCAUUGAGACAGGCUGCUUCAGAGAGCUCAACAUAUUUGGACCAAAGGGGUCUCGACCCGCUGACCUGGACUGGACCCAGGUGCCAGAGAAACGAAGCCCGAAAUCCUUGCUGGACCGAAUCUUCCGCAGACACCUCUCCAGAGGCGCCGGACGAGGAGCUUUUGCUGCCUGACCACACGUACCUGGGGGCUGGACUGAUCGGCUCCACCCUCUGACCGAUCAACCGCCCGUGCCCUUGGAAACCGCCCCACGCAUGUACGAGACCCGAGUACGAGAGAAAUGUUUUGUAACAAAGUUGCCAGUUUAUGUCUUGUUUCUGAAAAGUGUGCAGCACUUUAUUUACUGUGAAGGUAGAAAACAAAUAAAAUUAGAAAAAGCCCCGACAGAUAGGGCCAAUGUUUUUC